GGCUGAUAUCUGAAUAAAGUUUCUGACUGUUCAAAGAAGAAACUAACUAUAUAUUGACUUGUGCUUCUUGUAAAGACGUCAGAACUGGACGGCUAAGUGGCUGAUCAGGAUUGCAGACUUCCUGGAGCAUCACAAUGAAUAGAGUGGAUGAUGUACGUGACUACAUUUGCUAAUGAUCAAGGAAGUUGUACCAUUUGAUAGACAAUUAUUGUGACCGCUGAUGCCGCUAUUAAAGCGACUGCUCGGAAGGAAACGGAGCAUUCAGUCGUUUCAGCUCGUUGGCAUUUUGGAAACGCCGCUCUUUUUUGCUUUGGUAUCUAUAUUUACUCAUUAACAAGACUGGUCGCAAUUAAGUGACAAUUUCACAUAAGUCAGUCUAGCAGUUUGGACAGUUUUACUACGCUUUUCUUGUUUGUUUUGGAAGCACAUAUAACAUUUUCCUGUAUUGGAGAUAGCGCAUCGAACCCUCUGGUAAAACAACAUGUUGAACAACAAUUGAAGAAUUUUGAAACAAGAGUCACUUCUGUAAAAAUGAUAUUGAAAGACUCAUGGUCAGUCCGGGGUACAUUGCGGGUUUGAUAAGUUCUAAAUAUAUCAUAAACCUAGGAAAGAAAACAAUGGCAUUGGGCAGUUCAGAAAAUGUCACAUUUCUGAACGAAACAAGAGUAUGGCUUGAACCUGUCACAGAAAGCGUACUGAUGUUAAGCGGACAAGAGGACAAUUCAUCUUAUCACCGUAAAGAAGAAUAUAUUGAGUAUUUUGUGGGAAAAGCCAUUUUUGAAUUUGUUCCUCCAUUCUUGCUCGUACUUGGGACAUUGGGAAAUAUGUUGUGUUUUUGGGUCCUCAGGAGUCGAUACAUGAGAGGUAUAACAGUGGCAUUCUUUCUGUCAGUAUUGGCGUGGUCGGAUACUGCAGUUUUAUGGCUGGGACUCUCGCGACACAUGGUCAGAACAUACACCGGAUAUGACAUCAGAAUGGCGCAUGCGUCCGUGUGCAAACUACAACGGUUUCUUCUCUACACAGCAUUAGAUUAUUCCCCGUGGGUUCUAGUCGCCGUGACGAUAGAACGUUUCAUCUCAAUUUGCUACCCGUACAAAGCGCACUCUCUGUGCUCAAAGAGGCGAGCGAAAAUAGCAGUUGCAAUCAUUGCCGUGGCGGUGGUUUUGAAGAAUGCCCACGUGUUUGGUACGGUGGAUUUUGUAACUGAACCAGGGACAAACAAAACUGUGUGCGGGUAUCCGUCUGGAGACAUUAAAUAUUUCUGGACUCUGGUUUUGCCAUGGGUCGUUUUGUGUAUAUACGCUAUUGGACCAUUCACGACCAUGUUGGUAUUAAACGGACUGCUGAUAUGUGAGCUUUGGAGAUCAAAACGGUACCACCAGACCAUGGCGCCGACUAAAAACAAAACCGACACCAGUCCGCAAGCGAAACACAUUGACACGUCAGUCUCCAUGACGAUCAUGCUUUUGGUUGUGACAUUUAUGUUCGUUCUUCUAGCCUCUCCCAGUUUCAUUAACUUGAUUAUAGAGCCUUAUUGGAAGCGCACGGACGGUCACGAGAAAGCUGUACAUCACCUUGUUCAGUCGUUGGUCCUGAUGUUAACAUACACCAAUCAUUCCAUUAACUUCAUAUUGUAUGCCCUAAGCGGCAAACGAUUCCGCGUCGUUCUUCGGCGCAUGCUCUGUGCGCAGUGGAAGUCACGUGACAAAGACUACAGGCUAACCAGGUGGGGUUCAGAUGAUGACAUGUACCCCGUCAGUGAUUAUGCUGCCACCAAGAUCAGCAAUCUGAACCUAGCGCCUAGAAUUAACAAUGGAAACGGAGCGAACACUAUCAAGCCUAAACUUCCGGUUGCGAGCCAUGUGUAAAACUUGGGAAAGGCAUAUGACUGAAUUAACUUCAGAUUUAGUUUAUGUUUACUGUUGAUACACCAUGCCUCACAACAAUGGUUCUUAACGUAACACUCCGUGAUUCAAUGCUACACGUACACUUCUAUGUCAUAUUGGGCGUAUCAUGUUGAUUAAACAGUAUUAAUUAUUGAUUUUGUUCAGAAUGAGCUUAUUCCGGUUAAUGGAAACUAUUUUUGUUUCUAAAAUGUAUUAUGUGAUGUUAAAAUAAGCUGAGCAAUACCAAUGUGUCAGUUUAGUGCUGUCUUCAAUACCGUUUUCCUUCAACAUGAAUAAAACGACGUAAAUAUAUUAUUCUUGUAUAAGUCCGCUCCUUCAAUAGUUUAAAAAACGCAGAUUGAUUUGAGUGGGCGUCGAACUCAACAUGCCUGUUUUGGGAUUAAAAUAAGGCAAAUGUUUGCUUUGUAGCUUAAACUGAUAAAAAGACAUUAAAAAUUACGUUUGUCAUUCCAGCAUCAGUUAUGGAAUAACGGUUGAUAUUAUUUGUUCAUGACAAGUAAGGGAAGUUUCAAUCUGAUUUAGAUAAAGUACGGUAAAUGCGUCAAAGUAUCUCAAAUUUGUCAUUGCGUUAGUUGAGAAGAACCGCAGUACCGACGGACGCAAUCACAAUGAUGUCUCCAUCAAAAAGUCUUUUUACAUCCUUGUUUGUCAUAAAAAUAGCUGAAAAGCUACUUUAAUUUGUCUUUCACGUCUUCCAAUAUAACUGUGCCUAGAGUGAGGCUCCGA